UCACCACCUGUACAGAUGGAAUAAAAGAUGGAGGUUUAGAAAGACAGUAGUUCACAGUUUGUACACUAGGAGACAAUGUAGCAUAAGGGAUCCUCAGGUACAAAAGUGAGCUUGAAUGCUAUGAGUUGGUUAAUGGGUUUUUGGCCUCUGAGGUGCUAAGUAUUGUUUGUUUGUAUGGAGAGUUUUUUUUAAUUUUUUUGAUGGAAUUUAAAUAAAUAAAAAAUGAUAGGCGAGGUCCUUCAAUAGUAUUUGAAUUUUUUUUCAGCCAAAAAAACACUCCCACUCAUAGAGUAACGUUUGACAUACAACAUACAAACUAUGGAGCUGUUGUCAUUUAUCAAUGAUGCAAAAGGUCUCAUUGCACAUCCUAACAUCACCGACUGCAAUAGUUUGUCACUUCAUGAUGGUGCUUUGUUUUAUGUGUUCAAACCUUCUCCCUUUGGUGAUCAUUGAAGAUAAAUGACACAAGGACAAGGACCGGGUGACAGAGGAACCAGAGGAAACAUCCCUGCAACAAAGAACACAUGAAGAGCAACAGUGCUCCAGAGGAUUUCCAGCCGAGUCAGCAUUUAACAGCAAGACGGUGAAACUGAGAUCAGCAAACGAAGGCAUCACUGCACUUUCCUGGAGGGACGAAAAAGGAGACAUGAGUCAAAAUGCGGCUCCCAUCUUGUGUGCUCCCUGGUGGACAGGCAUCCUGACUGGAGAAUUAUUAACCUUGAUAAUUUGGAUUACUGCUGCAGCCCCAGGAGCCUGGAGAGCAUUGAAGAUCGCGUGAACUACACCUUUAUGAAGGGAGACGUGUGUAACUCGCAGUUGGUUGACCACAUUUUCACCACAGAAAACGUCGAUGUUAUUUUCCACCUGGCAGCGAAAACACACGUCGAAUCAUCCUUUGAGUCUCCAUCUAAUUUCCAAUGGGUUAAUGUCGAAGGGACCAGAGUUUUACUGCGAGCUGCUCAUCAGGCCAGACACCAGCCGCGGCGCUUCUUCUAUGUCAGCACCGAUGAGGUGUACGGGUCCAGUCUGCACAAGGUGUUUGAUGAGGGCAGCCCAGUGAGACCAUCCAACCCAUAUUCUGCUACUAAAGCCGCAGCCGAGUUCUUGGUCAGAUCCUACUGGGACAAAUAUAAGUUUCCAAUUAUUAUAACCAGGAGCAACAACAUCUAUGGACCCAGACAGUACACUGAGAAGGUAAUUCCACGGUUUCUCACCCUCUUGCAAACAAACAAGAAAUGCACCAUCCAAGGAACGCUCCCUAAAUCUCGCCAUUUCCUGUUUAUCGAUGAUGCCAUCGACGCCUUCCUGCUGCUUCUGGAGAAAGGGAUUGUGGGUGAAAUCUACAACAUGGGCACAAGUUGUGAAAUUCCCAUCUUGCAACUGGCCACGGAGCUCAUUAGGAUGGUGAAGAAUGUGCCAGAAGUGAAUGACUGGCUUGAGUUUGUUCCUGACAGGCCGCAGGUCGACCUGCGAUACCCCAUCACAUGUGAGAAGCUACAGCAGCUGGGCUGGAGAGCAGAGGUGACCUGGGCUGAGGGCAUCAGACAGACCGUCAAAUGGUACCAAGACAACCCAGACUUCUGGUCAGAUGCGAGUGCAAAUUGAAGAAGCAAACGUCCUCUACUGUGCCAUAAAGAUUGUCCGACAGUCUCUGAACGAUCAGCGGACCAAAAACCAGACCUGCAGUGCCUGGAGGUGUGGAGCCUCUCUUAAACCAAAGCAACGUCUUACCAGGAAAUCAAAGCACUUUAUCUCAACAUUCAUCAUGUUUUCCAUAAUCUCUUACUUGGCUCAACGUUGGCUUGUUCACCAGAUUCUGUUUUCUUUUGUCCAAUUUUGACUGAUUGAUUAACUCAUGUUCCUGCCAAAGAUCUAACAGCUGGAGUGAUGUCAACGGCAGCUUCCCUUCCAUUUUGCCUCAAAGGUUGACAAACUGUAGUGAAAGCAGAGUAAUUGAGAAGUUUUUCAUAUUUAAGGUCCAGCUCGGUGAUGUGUUACAUUACAGUUCUGUAACAACAUGGCAAAAGUUCUAUAAUGUCAUUUCCAGGUAAUAACUUGGUAAUACUUAGAGACAGUAUUACAGCAAUUCUGUGUUGUUUUUUAAGUCAUAUGGUAUUAGCUUAUUUAAGGCUAAAAUCACUGUAAUUCAGUCACACGAUUUCAGAUAAACGUUUUCCCCCACGUUAAAGGUAGAGUGUGUAAAAUGUAGCCACAUUUAUUGGCGAAUAAACGGUCACCUCACCCUGCACCAAAACAAAAAAAAGAUGUUUAGUUAAGAACAAAAAACAGGGUGGUCCAAAAUGGUUUUGCACUUACAGAAAAUAAAGGUAUAAUCAUUAAAUCUUCAAAUGUACACAGUGGACUUUUAAAUGUGACUAGAACACUUUUACUUAGAAAUUUUACCGCUUUUGAUUUCCUAGUGUUUUCACGUGAUAGUAUUAUCUGGCAUUACUUCAAAAAAGUAUUGCAGUAUUUAGAACACUGAUACAUCAUUACCAAGCCAUUACGUGGUGGAUAGCAUUAGAAAUUAGGAGGUUCUAGCGCAAUAACGGUUAUUUCUGAACUGCAAAUUGUUGCUCACCCGUUUCCCGCUGAUUUGUAUCAGCUGAACUGCAGCAACACCUUCAUAAUUUCAUUUCUUUACCUGCUUUUAUGUCACUUUCAUCCGUCUACUGAUGCUUCUGUAAAAACAGGAAAUACAGGUUGAGAAGGGAAAUGCAGCUAAUGUGAAAUACAUAUUCAUGUUUACUUGAUGAAGCUGACAAAUUAUUUAAGUUCAAAUAAAUAUUUAAUCAUGUUA